CCGCAGUAUCCCGCACAGAGCCAGUUGCCCGGUGGGCAGGCCCCCCGCCAUGUAGCGGCCCGCACCCACCAUGGGCAACACGCAUCACAAGAGGAGACCCCCGGGGGGCAAGCCCCGGCCGUUCUGGCACUUCCGACGGCCUGGGAAGCUGAGGGCAGGUUCUGCCAAGUCCGAGAACAAGCAGCGGCUCAGUGUGUCCGGCCCGUCGGGGGACGAGCUCCAGGACAAUGUCUUCUUCCCCAGCAGCCGUCCACCCCACCUGGAAGAACUGCACAUCCAGGCCCAAGAAGGUCUUCGCUCUCUGCAACACCAAGAAAAACAGAAGCAGAACAAGGGUGGCUGGGAGCGCGGAGACACGGAGAACAUCCAGUUUUCUCAGGUGGGCCCCGAGGACGACAACAUCUCCUUCUGCAGCCAGAGCACGUCCUGCACCACCGACACCACCUCCGAGGAUGCCCUCUCCAUCCGCUCCGAGAUGAUCCAACGCAAAGGCUCCACCUUCCGGCCCCACGACUCGUUCCCCAAAUCGUCGGGGAAGUCCGGGGGUCGGCGUCGGCGGGAGCGGAGGAGCACGGUGAUGGGGCUGCCCCAGCACGUGCAGAGUGAGCUGGGCUGGAGGAACGCCCGGGACCCCCGGCCAGAGGAGCGGCCCCCGCCCGGCUCGCCCCGGCCCCCGCGCCCGGCCAACGGGCAGGCCGAGGGCGAGGCCGUGCGCAUCCCCACGGUGGACGGCCGGCCGGCGGCGCCGGGGGGCGGGGGGCCCGGGGCCCGGGUGUCCCUGCAGGCGCUGGAGGUCGGCGGGGAGUCGGAGGCGGCCCUGCAGCGCCACAUCGAGCGGCUCUACUACGACGACAGCCUCGUGGGACGCCAGACGGCGGCCAAGCUGUCCCCCCAGGUCCGGCCCAAGUCGCUGGCCGUGCCCGGGCUGACCACGGCCGGGGCCGGGCCCCUGGGGCCCCCGAGCCCGGCCAUGUCCAUCUCGCCCCAGGGCACCUACCUGUCCAAGAUCAUCCCCAACGCGGUGCUUCCCCCGACGGUGGACGUGGUGGCCCUGAGCCGCUGCAGCGUGCGCACCCUCAGCCGCUGCAGCCUGGUCUCCAGCCCGGCCUCCGUCCACUCCAUCUCCCGCUUCUCCGCCCUCGGGCCCCGCAGCCGCCGGGCCUCCUCCUCCAGCGACAACUGGAGCCACUCGCAGUCGACGGAGACCAUCGUGUCCGACGGCUCGACCCUCUCCUCCCGCGGGGGCUCGGAGGGCCGGGGCGAGGGGCCGCCCGGGCAGGCCGGGGCGGGGGCGGAGGAGGCCGAGGAGGCCGGGAGCACGGACCGGGGCGCUCUCUGCAGCGGGGCCGGUGGGCCUCUCGGCUCCCGGGCCGACGGGCGGGCGUCGCCCGGCUAUGGCGGUGGCGGCAGCGCGGCGGAUGGCUCGGACACGGCCAGCAUCCAGAGCGGCCACUCCUCAGCCCGCAGCGUGUCCUUACGCAAGCUGAAGCGUGCGCCCGCCCCGCCCCGCCGGACCUACUCCCUGUACCAGCGGGACGCCGUGCCCGACGGGGCCCUGGGGCUGCCCCCCAAGCCCGAGCGGAAGGGCCAGCAGCCGCAGAGGGGCCCGAUGCCGGGGGAGGCUGCCGCGGGGACGGGCCCCCCGGCCCCUGGCCUGUCUCCUGCCGGCUCCCGGCGCCCUCCCGGCUCCCCUGAGCGCACCCUGUCCCCUUCCAGCGGCUACUCCAGCCAGAGCGGCACCCCCACUCUGCCCCCCAAGGGGUUGGCGGCUCCAGGGGCCUCUCCGGGCAAGAGGCGGCCCCAGCCCCAGAAGCCCGAGCGGGUGUGCUCCUUACGGUCCCCCGGGCCGUCCGUCUCCUCGUCCCUCACCUCCCUGAGCUCCUCCUCCUCCUCUGACCCAGCACCCCCAGACGGAGGUGCUGCCCCUGACCCACCUGGCCCCCCGCGGGUCUCUGCCAGCCCCGCCUCCCAGUUUGUCAUCCCCCCGCACCCCAAGGUCCCGGCCCCCUUCUCUCCGCCUCCUUCCAAGCCCAAGAGCUCGGAUCCCGCUGGCUCCACUCCAGGUCCGACUCCUCCGGCGGUCCUGGCCUCUGCCCCUGAUCCCGUCCCCCCGCCUCAGGGGUCACCGGCUCCCAGCAGAGCCACAGGGGCUCCCCCGGAGACCCCCAAGGGUGCAUCUCCCCCACCCUCCCCCCCACCGUCGUACCACCCGCCCCCUCCGCCUGCCAAGAAGACCGAGGGGGCAGCGGCUGGCCCUCCUCCGGCCCCCCUGGAGGUGAACGGGGAGCUCCCCCAGGACCCCAGUUGGCCCCCUCCUCCUCCCCCGGCCCCCGACGAGCAAGACCUGACCAUGGCGGACUUCCCUCCACCGGACGAGGCCUAUUUCUCAGCCCUGCCCCUCCCGCCGGCCGAGGUGCUGGGGCCCACAGUGCCUGAACCCCCCGCGGCCCCCGAGCCCAGGACCGCCUCGCGCUCCUUCUCCGCCACCGUCUCGUCCCGGACCCAGCCCCGGGGGUCCCCCGACCCGGCAGCCCCCGAGCCCCCGGCGGCCCCGCAGCUCUCGGCGGGCGGACCCCGGGCCGAGGCCAGCAAGGAGGCCGGGGGCCGUGGCAAGGGGGGCCCGGCGCCCAAGGAGGAUGCCAGCCUGCCCAUCGUCACGCCUUCCCUGCUGCAGAUGGUGCGGCUGCGCUCGGUGGCCGUCGAGCCCCCGGGCCCCGAGGGGCGGAGCCCGCCGCCCUCAGUGCCCACCCAGGGGCAGCCGGCCCCUCAGAAGCCCCUGCGAAAGGCGUUGUCCAUCCGGGGCUGCCCGCCCUCACAGGACCCGGUGCCUUCCAACCCACUCCACGCUGCCGUGCGCCUCAAGGCCUCCGGCCUGUCUCCCGGCGAGGCGCCCCGGGCCAACGGGCAGCAGCCGCCGCUGCCGGGGCCGGCGACCACGGGGUCCGAGGCGGAGGCCUCCCCGCCGCCCAAGUCUCAGGCCACCACCGCCAGCUUCAUCUUCGCCAAAGGGGCCAAGAAGCUGCCGGGGGAGCCAACCCAGACCCAAGCCCAGGCCCAAGUUCAAGUCCAGGCCCAGACCCAAGCCGACCUUCAGCGCCAUUUGGUGGCCGAGCUACGGAGCUUCUCCGAGCGCCGCCCCUCGCCGCAGAGGAAGCCCAGCAAGGUCGCCCCGCCUGUGGCCCGCAAGCCCUCGGCCGGGGGCUCCCCCAGCCCCUCGUCGGGCCCCGGGCCCCAGGCCUCCCCGCCCAACGGGGACGGGCCCCCCCGGACAGGUCAGGACUAAGCCGGAGGUGGCGGAGAACGGCGACGCCGUGCAGCCGGGCGGCCCUCCCGUGCCAGACAAAUGGAAAAGGGCCGCCUGACCGCCCGACGCUGGUACCGCUGACCCAUCGCAGGAACACAAUCUCUCUCAGGGACCUACGCAGGUCAAAGGAUGAGGGGAGAACUGGACACUUUCAACAAUAAUAAAGAGGAAGAAGACUCCAGCCUUAGCCUCCGACGGCCUUCGAUAUUUAUGCAAACACGGUGUCGGUUUCCCCUUCUGAAAUAAUGCAGCUUUCUUUUGUACGGACUCCAAGCCCGGAACCCCCUGCCCGCUUAGGGGGGCUCCUGCGACCUCAGCCCUGGACGCUCGAUUUGCUGAUUUUGGCGGCCGAGGCGGGAGCGUUCCCGCGGGCGGAGAUACUCCAGCGCGGGUACAGCCGGCCCUGCCUCCAGAACGCCAUUCCGUGUGGGGUUUGUUUUCUCUUUUUCGCCCCCCUUUUUCUUGAGAAAUGUUUUUUUUUUCUUUCUGAUGUUUGAGAGAAUGAGCUCUGUAAUCAUGCACAUACCAAUAGUCCAGAAUCAAAGCACUUUUCAAAGCCAACUGCACCGGCCCCAGGAGGGCCUUUUCUGGACACCCGCCCCUAGGUCCUACCUGAUGCCAUCUCGCUGGGGCCCGGGCCUCGUCCUGGCCCACUCCCCUGGAUGGGCUUGUUUACACGCUCUGGCGUGGGAUCCAGAGCGGCCUCCUUCAUCCUGGCUCGACGGGUCGGCCGGUGUCCUUGUGGACCUUGGGGGAGACUUGGCUGGACGGAGGGUGGGUGCCGUGCUGGCAGCUGCAGGAAGAAAAGGGUAUGUGGGACCCAAAGCACAAAAGGUGUGGGAAGGGGAGUAACCCUUGCCAUGCCUCACCUCUCCACGAGCCACCCUGCUGUUUCUCAGCUGUCAGUCCCACAGUGAUGGAGCCCCGCGUGGCGUGUGGUGGGGAGGGUGGGCUCACUCAGCCUUUCUGUGGGCUGGGGUUGAGAGGCAGAGAAGGGAAGGUUUGGAGGCAGAUCUAGAGGGAAGGGGCCAGGACUUUGGGGGAGACACCUGAGAGGGCAGGUUGUUUCCCCCACCCCCGCCCCCGGCCCCCAAGGUUGCCAGGAGCGUUUUUCCAGCCCCCACCCAUCCUUCAGGCCACAGCUUAUCAGGGCAAUGGCCCCCACCUCCUAGGGGAGAGUGGGAUGGAGGAAGAAGGGAAGGCCUUGCGUUGAAGCUGGGAAGUGGGGGGGGCAGUCUAGUGUGACUAAACUCAUCCCCCCUGGCUCAACCCCUGGGGCAGUGUUGAAGCCGUUUGAAGCACAUGUGGGAGUCUGGAAUGAUGCUGAUUGAUGCCUCAGUGGGGAAAUGAAAGUCUGAACCCCCCAGGUCUGGUGUUGAAUGGGAGGGAGGAUGCACAGAGAGGGGCUUAAAACCCCAAACAGCCCAGCUCAUUCAUUAGCAGUGGACCAGGCUCCUCCCCGCCGAGACACUCCAACGCUUGACCCUAUAUCCAAUUACUGAGUGAGGGCAAGCUUCGGUCCAAGCCUUUCGGGGGGGCUCUAAGAAUGUCUCCCCAAGCGCUCCUGAGCUGCAAACCAAUGUCCUUUCUAUUCUGUGAGCAUCUCACUGCUUGUCGGCAGGUACCAGGGGCAGAACUAGCCUGGGCCCUGCUGGAACAGAAGUAACCACUGCUGUGUGCACUGCCCUGGUCCCCCCAUCCUAGUUGUGGUAGGAUGGGGGGAACCCCUCCCAAGGGGCACCCUGUUCCCCCCUACUCACCCAUUCCUCUUUCUGUUACUUGAGCCACGGACCCUCGGCCAGGGGCACCUCUGAGCACAUCGGGUGGCUUCGCCUCUCCUGGCUUGGAUGGGGACAAGGUGGUUGGGGAAGGGUGGGGAAAGACGUCUCCGCUUUCCCCUCCUGUGGAACCAAGCUGGAUAUAGCACUAUCCAAGAGACCAAAAGCCUCUGAUUUUUAUGUCUAUUUCUUGUUCUGUAGAAAAGUUAGAUAUAAAGAUAUAUAUACAUACAUAUAUAUAUAUUUCUUUAAACUUUGGGUCAUGCUUUGAUUUGAUUGUAAAAAACACAAACAACAAAACACCACCAUAAAACGAAGCCCAUCUGCCUUGAAAACCUUCCAGACUAAAUGAAAAUACUGUAUGUGUCUCAUUUCAAAGAUGUUAAAGAUUCUAUGAUUAAGA